AUUCAGCACACACUCGCCGGCGCAUGCACACCGCUGCAACACCUGCACCAAUACCGAAAAAAACAACCGCUGUGCCGCCUCUUCCUCCUCCUCUUGCUGAGGAAUCUGUCCUCCCUCAAAAGGACGCGUCCACUGACGGGGCUUUUUGAGGACAAGACCGCCCGCCUCCUGCUGUAGUUUAAUGAGCAGACUCAUCACAGAGAUGCCAGCAGCAAGGAUGUCCGACUGAGACCCUUUUUGCCUCCUUUUUUUUUUCGAAGCCACCUACUUAUUCCAAAGAGGUUCUGGGAUAAUGGAGUCUGGAGCCGAGUGUUAGCUGCGUGAGGAGCAUGGGUACGACUGCCAGCGCAGCGCCGCCGCCCGUCACGUCGCUGCUUGAGAGCGUCUACAGCAACGGGACGAUGGCCGACAGCCAGCAGCAGUCCCUCAGCGCCAGCCCCUUUCAGAGCGUCAACGUCCACAACAACAAGGCCAAGUCCAUUAUCACCAACAAGGUUGCACCUGUUGUCAUCACGUAUAACUGCAAGCAGGAGUUUCAGAUUCACGAUGACAUCCUCAAGAGCAACUACAAAGUCGGGCGGAUAUCGGAUGCCAUGCCCGAGCACUACCUGGUGCAGGGCGAGUACUUCAUGGUGCAAGAUGUGUACAGCAAAGCGGAUGUCCUGAGUACCACCAGCACCUGCGGGGCGCCCAACUUCCGCCAAGUCAAUGGGUCCUACCCGCUGUACGGGAUGGGUCAGCCCAGCAUGAAUGGUUUCAAACAGGUUCUGAAGAAGCUCCAAGGGCAAGGGCACCAGGAGGUCAUUUUCUUCUGCGUGCGGGAGGAGCCGGUGGUCUUCCUGCGCAACGGCGAAGACUUCGCCCCUUACACCCCCAGGAGGAAGGAAAACCUCCAUGAGAACCUCCAUGGCCUGAAAGAAGAGGAGCAGGUGGAAAACCUGGAGCUCACCAUCAGGAAGGAGCUCUAUGACUUUUCCAAACUCAACGACAACGUCUUCUACGUCUACAACGACAUCGAGUACCUGAAGGACGAGCCGCAGAAGACGGUCAUCUCGUGCGAGGAAGACAUCCACGUGACCGAGGAGGUCUACAAGAGGCCCGUGUUUACCAUGCCGGCCUACAGAUAUUAUAGAUUACCACUACCAGUAGAGGGCGCCCCACUGGAAGAAGACAUUGAUGCUUUUGUGAACAUACUCAGGGAGAGCCCCAGCUUGUCUCUGGGACAGGAUGCCACGCGGCAGCUGCCAGCUCUGCUCUUCAGUUGCCAGGUGGGCGUCGGCCGCACCAACCUGGCCAUGAUCCUGGGCACGCUGGUCAUGAACCGACUCAAGGGUGACCGCUGCCCGCCACCUCAACUUGAAGACUCUGCAUCUCAGGAUCCCAAACCAGUUUUCCGCCUCAUCCAGUCUCUUAUCGCCAGGCUGCCUAACGGACAGCAAGUCAUGGAGGAGGUGGACCGGGCUAUAGCGCUGUGCUCAGAAAUGCACAACAUUAAAGAAGCAAUAUAUGAGAACAAAAGCAAGCUGGAGGGGAUUGGAGAUGAUUACCAAAUUCAGGGAAACAGCACCAAAGACUACUUCCUCAACAGAACCAGACAGAGCUUGGAGCGCUACUUCUACUUGAUCGUGUUUAACGCGUACCUCCACGAGCAGUAUCCCCUCGCCUUCGUGUCCAACUUCAGCCAGUGGAUGUGCUGCCACACUUGGCUGUACCGCCUCCUGGCCCGUAUGGACCUUUCUGAGCUCUCUGCGCCUCCCCAGCUGGUCACCAGAGGAGCCCGUGUCUUGGUGGCCAACGAAUACUUGGCCCCCGAUGUCCUCAGCACGGUGAAGGAGAUGAAGGCGGUCAACUUCAGGCGGGUGCCCAAGAUGCCCGUUUACGGAAUGGCGCAGCCGACGUCAGAGGCUACAGGAGCUGUUUUGGCCCACCUGACGGAUGCAAAGAGGAAGCAUAGCCACGUGUUGUGGGUCAACCUCCAGGAGGAGCUGGUCCUCGAAGGCAACGGCCAGAUCUUCACGCAAAGGGAACCGUCGCGCUUGGAUCAGCACAUUCCCAUCCCGUCUUCAGACCCGCAUGUCAUCGAGAAACUUGAGUGCUCCCUUAAGGACGAGGUCCUGCGGUCCCAGAAGUGGUUGGAGGUGACGCUGGAGCAGGAGAAGCAGAUGAAGAUGUUCAAAAGCAUCUUGACGGUGCAGGAGAUCUUCACACAGCACAAAAACUCCACGCAGGGUCUCAUCUACAAGCGCAUCCCUUUGCCAGACUGCCACGCCCCCAGUGAGGAGGAUUUUGACAAGCUGCUGGAUGCAAUGAAGACCACCCUGGCCGAGGACUCGUGUUCGGCCUUCGUCUUCAACUGCUCCAACGGCAAAGGAAGGACCACCACCGCCAUGGUGGUCUCUGUGCUCACUCUGUGGCACUUCAACGGGUUUCCAGAAUUUACAGAAGACGAGAUAGUGAGCGUCCCUGAUGCCAAGUAUACAAAAGGAGAGUUUCAGGUGGUAAUGCAGCUGGUGCGCCUGAUCCCCGACGGCCAGCGGAUGAAACGUGAAGUGGACAUGGCCCUGGACUUGGUCUCGGAGACCAUGACGCCCAUGCACUACCACUUGAGGGAGAUCAUCAUCUGCACGUACAGACAGAUCAAAAGUGGCAAGUCGGAGAAAGAGUGCCAUCAACUUCUUCUGCAGAGCUUGCAGUACCUGGAGCGCUACAUUUACCUCAUCCUCUUCAACACCUACCUGCACCUGGAGAAGAAAGACUCCUACCAGCGCUCUUUCACUCUCUGGAUGGAGCAGGUCGCCGCCCGUGCAGGAGUUUACGACAUCCUCAACCGGCUGAGCUUUAGCGAGUUCAAGAACCCCAAGGACGCCCCGCUGGCCCGACUGCGUUGGCGCUGGCAGCAACAGGAUCUUCCGUCACUUCCUUUCCGGGGGGACUUCCUGUGAGGGGGAAAUCACUGUGAACCAUGAAAUACAGUACUGUGCUUUUCACAAUAAAAGACUAACUUGAUGCCUGGCUAACGGCCCAGUAAACCCGUUUUAUUGUUUAGAGUCUUAAAAGGUAGAAGUUGUUUGUGCCUUUUUCCUCAUGAGUGCUAAAAGUUUGAUCAUACUAAUAUUUAUCUUCUUUGUAUGCAGUUGGGCGGUGAGAGGAGUCAGUCCACAAAAACCAGGUCACUUUUUAAUUGUUCCAUCUUCUAUUAGGGCGACACUGAAAUAAUACAAAGGUAUUUUUGUCAAUCA